AUGAGCGACCCCAGAAAAUCCGUGACUGUUGUGCUGGAGAUCUUGGAUAUCUGUCACUGGGAGAUCCACGUGUCCCCUGCUGCCACCAUAUUGUGUCAGGAGUCGCUGAUCUCCACCUCCGACAUCCUGUCCCGGAUCAAGCAGGAGGUGGCCUUCGUGGGGGAGCAGCAGUUCCCGGAGGAGCGGGGGAUGCCGCCAGACCCCUGUGCAGGCGCGGACGCCCUGAUCACCGCGCACGACUUCUUGUCGUGGAUCAAGCAGGAGGAAGAGCCCUGCGUCCGGGAGCCCUGGGAGCUGCCCGAGAGGGAGAUGCUGCCCCCGGGCCCUGCUCCUGCCAGCGAGGGGCUGCUGGUGAAGACGGAGGAGCGGUGCCCCCACGCCGAGCCCCCCGAGGAGGUGGGUUUGCCGGGCAGCUCCGGGGAGCUGCUCUUCCCCGGCACGGGCUUCGGGACCCCCGAGGGACAGGCGGCGGUGCCGGCGGCGGUGGCCCUGCCGGCGCAGCACAGACUGGGCAAAGCUCCGGGCCCCGAGGCGGGCCCGGGGGCCGAUGCCGGGGGCGGCCCCGCGGCGCCGCCGGGCCCCGCCGAGGAGCGGCCGCACGGCUGCGCCGAGUGCGGGAAGAGCUUCAGCGGCAAGAAGAGCCUGCGGAUCCACCAGCGCAGCCACGCGGCCGAGCGGCCCUACCCGUGCGCCGAGUGCGGCAAGAGCUUCAAUUGCCACUCGGGGCUGGUGCGGCACCAGAUGAUCCACCGCGGCGAGCGGCCCUACAAGUGCUCCGAGUGCGGCAAGUGCUACAGCCGCAAGGAACACCUGCAGAACCACCAGCGGCUGCACACCGGGGAGCGCCCCUUCGCCUGCGCCCAGUGCGGCAAGAGCUUCAUCCGCAAGCAGAACCUGCUCAAGCACCAGCGCAUCCACACCGGGGAGCGCCCGUACCAGUGCCCCGCCUGCGGCCGCAGCUUCCGCUACAAGGAAUCGCUCAAGGAUCACCAGCGGGUCCACGGCGCCGAGGCGGGGCCGCCGCCGCUGCCCCCGCCCGGGAUCCUGCCCCCCGGCGACCGCCGUCAGGCUGCGCUGUCACGCGUGUCCCCGCGGGCACGGCGGCGUCGCCUCGGGGCGCUCCCGCGCCGGCCCGGAGCGCUCCGAGCCCGCUGGGCAGCGCCGGCCGCCCGCCUCCUCCGUCCCUUGCCGCGGGGAACGCCCGGGUGCCGCCCGCGUCACCGCUCACCGUCCCGCCGGGGCGGCCGCGGGCUCUCCGUGUCCGUGGCGGAGCGGCUCCCGCCGUCCCUAGCUGUUGGCGAGGAAGAGGCGUCUGUGUCGGGAAGCGGAGCCGCGCGGCCGCCCGCGGCGCCGGCCCCGGCCGCGGUUACCGAAGGGGCUCCGGCUGGGCACGGCGGUGUCUGCCCAGCCGGCGCUCCCGGCCGGCGGCUCGGGGAAGCUGGGCUCGGCUUUGGGCUGCUCGAGGAGCGGGCUGGGGUCGCGGCGGGGCUCGGGGGGCGGCGGGGCCGGGCUCUGGCGGGCGCCGGCGCGCUCCUGGCGCAGGUAGCGCAGCUCGUCGCGGAUGUCCGUGAGGACGCCGAGCAGGCGGAACUGCAGCUCCCGGUCGCGCGCCCGCUCCUCGCGCUGGGUGGCCCGUUCCUCCUGCCACAUGGCCAGCUCCUGGUGGUACAGCUGGUCCCACUGCUCCUCCAGGUCGAGCAGGUGGUGGAUGCUAGUCCUCCAGCUCUCGCGGCGGUCCUCGCGCAGCCGGGAGCAGCCCAGCCCGCGGCCGGGGCCGGCGGUGGCCGGGGCGUCUCCGGGCGGGGAGGCAGAGGAGGGCAGCGACUCCUCGGUCAGGGCGCCGUGCAGGGGCGAGCGGGCCGGGGGCUCCUCCUCCGCCGGAGCUUUCUCCCAGCUGGGCCCCAUCAGUACCCUGGGCAAGGUGCCCACCUCCGGGCCCGGGCCGCCCGCCUGCUCCUCGGGAUGCGCCGAGUCGAGCCCGCGGCCCAGGGCGGGCAGGUCGGACACCCCCUCGUGCCCCCAGUCCGAGUGAGCGUCCGCGGGGUUGAGGGAGUCCUCGGGCAGGGAGGUCACGGAGCCCUGGGAGCUGCACCGGCGGAUCAGCAUGGCCUGGCGGGACAGUUUCAUGUCCUCCUCCGCCGACAUGGGGGCCUCAGGCCCCGGCUGCAUCCCCGCGGCCCCACCGUGGCCUCUCUCCACCUCCCGGCCUUCCCGUUCCUCCUCCUCCGACAUGGAGGCGUAGGAGACCAGGGACUCGUUUCGCAGGGAUGGGGAGAUGGCCGACGCGUCUGGAGUGCGCAGCUCCGGUCCCGACUCGGCUGGGAGAGAAGAGAAACCUCCAGUGAACCACAGCACUGCCCUGGCCCCAGGCCCUCCCCGGCACGUGGAUCCCAGUGGAUCUCCACCCUGACCCAGAGGAUCUUCAUGCUGACCCAGAGGAUCUCCAUCCUGAUCCAGUGGAUCUCCACCCUGACCCAGAGGAUCUCCAUCCUGACCCAGAGGAUCUCCACCCUGACCCAGUGGAUCUCCAUGCUGACCCAGAGGAUCUCCAUGCUGACCCAGUGGAUCUCCAUCCUGACCCAGUGGAUCUCCAUGCUGACCCAGAGGAUCUCCACCCUGACCCAGAGGAUCUCCAUCCUGAUCCAGAAGAUCUCCAUGCUGACCCAGUGGAUCUCCAUGCUGACCCAGACCGCCGGCGGGGUCGGGGCUCUGUCCCGGCAGGCGCGGCGCGGCCGAGCCCUCCACGUCGGGCAGGGCCGAGGGCUGCCCGUUGGUGUCGAUGUAGAUGCUGGGGUGGCUCACGCCGGGCUGCAGGUGCAUGAAGGGCUGCUUGGACGCGCCGGGGAAGAACAGAUCUGCGGGACACAGAGGAUGCGGCCUCAGCCGGAGGGGACACGGUGGCCCCAAGAGCCGCCCCCACUGACCUGGGUCCAGGAUGAUCUCGGGCUCCGAGUCGUGGCUGGCCUGCAGGAAGGUGGAAGCCACCAUCUUCUCCAGGGGCGUGAGGCGCGGCUUGUGGAGCGGCCCCCCGGCGCGGUUCAUGGGCAGGUGCUUCUUGGAGGUGAUCUUCUUCUUGACGUCCAGCCGCAGGUCGCGCCACUUGUGCUUGAGGUCGUCGAUGGAGCGCUCGGUGUAGCCCAGGAAGUUGACGCGGCUUUGGAUUUGGGUCCAGAGCUGCUUCCGCCGCACCGGACCAGCGUCUCGGUCUCGUCAUUGGAGAAGUUGGCCUUCCUCUUCCGGCCAGACGCUGGCAUCGCCUGCGAGGCUGCGGCAGAGGUGGAAGGGGCACAAUUGAACCUCGGUCCCCACUCCUCUCUGUCAGCUCCUGGGGGGAACAUGGGGCUGCGGGAGCCCGAGGGAGCCGCGGAGGAGGGAGCCGAACUCGUAGAAAGCCUGGAAGAGGUCCGGCGAGGUGGCCUGGCACUCCAGGUACCUCCGCAGCGUGGCCAGGCUCCUCCACACCUCCCGCUCCGAGGGGCAGGGCGGCACGGCCGCCAGCUCGGCCGCGUCCUUGCCCUCCACCAUGCCCUCGUCCCCGUCCGCCUCCGCCGGGUCCCCGUCGCGCUCCAGCCGCUCCCGGCUGGGCAGGCCGGGCGCCGAGCUCAGGGCCACGGCCUCGGCGCCCGCGUCAGGGGUGAAGCCGGCGGCGCGGAAGCAGCCGGCGAUGAGCCCCGGUUGAACAUCGCCCCAGGCUUGCGCCAGCAUGUGCAGCACAUCCAGCAGGCUGGGCUGCCCCGCGCCGCGCUCCGCCGGCAGCCACCGCAGCAGCCGGCGCCGGUAGUGGCCCUUGAGGUCGCCGGCGAUGCCGCGGUCCAGCGGCUGGGCCAGGGCGGCGGCCGGCGGGACGAAGACCAUCCUGACGUUGGACAGCUGGAGGUAGGGGUGCGCCUCGUGCUUGGCCAGCAGGAGCAGGACGCUCUUGCCCCGCCGCCGCAUCCCCUCGUUGAACUCCUGCAGCCACUCGGCGAAGAGCGGGGCGGUCAGGCCGGCCAGGCUGCCGGCGCGGUAGCUCCACGGCAUCUGCUCCAGGUUGACGCCCCGCAGGCAGCGCGGCCGGGGGCUGUCCCCCACCGCCCGCAGCGGCAGCUUCUCCGAGCCGCUGGCGUUGGCGCAGAGCAGCAGCGUCAGCCGCUCGCCGGGGUUCUCGCCCUUACCGGGGGCGCCGGCCGGCAGCGGCACCGCGGUCUCCCCGCAGGCGAAGAUCUCGGCAGGCGUGUAGCUGCGGAGGAGCCCGGGCAGCACGGCGCCGGCCCAGUGCUCCGCCGUGGGCUGCUCCGCGUCCCCCUUCUCCGCCGGCGGCUUCUUGCCGGCGAGGCCGUGGCGAGCGCCCAGGCGAGCCAGCCAGCCGCCGCUGGGCUCGGGCUCGGGCCGGGCCAGCUGCCUGGCCCUGAGCUGCAGCAGCGGGCGGCCCACGGGCAGGUCGGCGGCACGGGCACCCUCCACCCAGCGCAGCAGCGCGGCCUCCAGCGCCGCGUCCUUCCCCUCCCGCUUGCGCUUGCGCUCGGGGUCGCCGUUGCGGUGCCACUCGCUCAGGAUGCGCUCCUUGUUCUUGAUGAUGCGGCAGAUCUGGGGCUGCGACACCCCGAAGCGCUUGGCCAGCUCGCUCUGCGACACCUUGGGGCCUUCCAGCAUCUCCAGCACUCGCACCUUCUCGGUCAGCGACAGCUCCUUCCGCUCCUUCCGCGGCGCCGCCGUCGCUCCCUCCGCCGCGCCCGGGGAGCGCCCGGUGCAGGGGCCCGGCCGGUGCGGGCUGCCCGCGGCCCCCAGCCCCGCCGGUUCGGCGAGGCCCCUCCCGCAGCGGCCGCAGGCGUAGCCGAGCUCCGUGCCGCGCCCCAGCCGGUGCCGCACCAGGUCCGGCUUCUGCCCGAUGCCUCGGCCGCACUCGGCACAAUCCAGCGGCGGCUCCCCGGGCCGGCAGCGGCGGCUCUCGAAGGCGGGGGGCGCGGCGAUGAACCCCCCGUUACCGGCACCGGGAUUCGGCUCCGGCUCGUGGAGGCCGCAGUAGCUGCAGCCGCGCUCCCGCAGCGGGACGAGGAAGUCGGCGGGGCCGGCGUGGCGGGACGGGGGCGAGCGGGGCGGCGGGGACACCCGGUCCUCGCUCUUCACCUCCUUCCCCUGCCAGUCCCCUGCGGAGACAGGAGCGCGUUGCGGAGUGGCCGCCCCACCGGGAACGCCGCGGGAGCACGCCGGCCCGGUGCCCGGCUCCUGCUCCCGGUCCCAGCUGGCCAGCAUCCCGCCCGUCCCCGUGUCCCGCUCACCCUGGGAGGGGCCGGCGGGGGCCGCGUGGGGCCGGGGGCUCUGCUGCCCCCCGUAACGCCCCGCUGCCGCCGCCACCCCCUCGUCCCCUCGCUCCACCUCGGCCAGGAUGUCGGGUUUGGUGAUGGCCCCGCCCGCGCCGCCCCCCGCGCCAUGGCCGACUGGGCCCCCGCUGAGGAGCUGGAGUGCAUGAUGGAGCCCCAGGAGCUCGGCCUGGAGCCGCCGCUGCCCGCCCCCGAGCAGGGCCCCCCCGGCGGCGGCGAGGCCGAGCUGCCGGCCGCCGAGAUCUCCCUGACGCUGGUCACCGAGAUCCAGGCCGUGGACAGGAAGGUGGACACCCAGGCCGCGCAGCUGAUGAACCUGGAGGGCAGGAUGAGGAUGGCGGAGACGAAGCUGAUCGGCUGCGAGAAGACGGCGGUGGAGUUCGGGAACCAGCUGGAGAGCAAGUGGACGGCGCUGGGCACCCUCAUCCAGGAGUACGGGCAGCUGCAGAAGCGCCUGGAGAACAUGGAGAACCUGCUGAAGAACAGGAACUUCUGGAUCCUGCGGCUGCCCCCGGGGGCAAAAGGGGAAGUGCCCAAGGUCCCCGUGGCCUUCAACGACGCCUCGUUUAACUUCUCUGAGGAGGAGUGGAAGAGCCUCAACGAGUGGCAGAAGGAGCUCUACAGGCACAUCAUGAAAGGCAACUACGAGGCCGUCAUCUCCAUGGACGCUGCCAUUUCCAAGCCUGAUCUGCUGACACGGAUUGAGCAGGGAGAGGAUCCCAACGCUGAGGAUCAGGAGGACUCCGAGGGAGGAGAGACCCCCACGGACCCCAGCACUGCAGCUGGAAGGUUGGAGUGUAACUCCUGCUCUUUUCUCUUGCACUCAGAAGAAUUUUUCUUCCCUGGGCCUGAUGACAGCUCAUGGGGUAAAUAUGAAGAGACUCUGGCUGAAAGCCACGAAGGCUCUGAGGAAGAGGAGAGCAUGGAGGUCUCCGGUACAUACAAACAGCCGUGCGAUGAGGAAGGCUCCGAGAGCCUGGAGCUUUCCAGGUCAUUGACAGGAAAGUGGGAAGAAGAGGUUUUCUCCAACCCGGAGGAGGAGGUGCAAUCGAGCAGCAAGAGCCAGAGCGGCUCGGCCGCGCCGCAGCGAACGGCGACGGGCAACGGGCUGAGGCGCUCGGUGCGCCGCGGGAGAGACUUGGCCAAGAAGGAUCCCGAGGAGGCGGCGGCCGACAAGGGGCCCUACAUCUGCUGCGAGUGCGGCCAGAGCUUCCUGGACAAGCAGCUCUUCGCCACCCACCAGAAGGCGCACGCCAGCGAGGAGGCCUGCACGUCCCUGGAGCGCGGCGAGAGCUUCCGGCAGAAACCCAAAGCCAAGGGCCAGGGCCCCUCCCGCUCCAAAGCGUCCAAGCGUCCCGACGGAGAGAAGAGCUCGGGAUUCAAGUACGGCUUCGUCAGGCACCAGGUGAACAACAUGGUGGAGAGGCCCUACACCUGCUCCCAGUGCAAGGAGAGCUUCAGCCUGGAAGUGAGUCUGAUCCUGCACCAGAAGCUGCACACGGGGAAGGGCGACGGGCCGCUGACAUGCACCUACUGCGGGAAGGACUUCCGAGACCUCUCCAAAGCCAUCCGCCACCAGCGCAUCCACACCGGGGAGAGGCCCUACCAGUGCACCGAGUGCGGCAAGAGCUUCAUCCGGCGGGACCACCUGCUCAAGCACUGGCGGGUGCACACCGGGGAGACCCCCUACCAGUGCCCCGUCUGCGGGAAGCACUUCCGCUACAAAGAGUCCCUGAAUUGCCACCAGAAAAUCCACUCCCGCAACCCGCGGCCCGGGGAGGAUUCCCAGCACAACCUGGGCUCGGCGGGCACCCAGACCGACCAUUUCUGCGUGAAAAAAGAGACUAAGCAGAGUGACAAGCUUUUCGCUUUCUUUUUUCCACUCGUUUCACUGCAAGGCUGGAAGCGCGAGGAGGGAGGGAGGGAAGGAAGGUGCCGCUCCCGGCCGGCCGCCCGCUCCCGCUGCGUCGCCGUGUCCCGAAAGGCUGCCAGGCCAGGACUGGGAGGAAGGCAGGAGAGGCGAGGCAGAGAGGUGCUCAGGGCACGACCCACGCGGGAUUUGUGGAAGGCGGAAAAGCGGAGAGGAGAGCGCGGCAAGGAGCGGGCGAGCGGGCGCUGGAUCCUCCCGGCCGCGGCCCCCGGGGCCCCGGGCACGGAACAAAGGGCCAUGGCCGAGGGGGCCCCCGCUCAGGCACCGGAGCAGGUGCGGCCGCCGCGCUGCCCCUCGCCCCUCCGGCCGGCGGCCGGCCCCGAGCGCACCUCGGAGCGGGAGACGCAGACGGCGGAGCUGUCCCUGACCGUGGUGGCGGCCGUGCAGGCGGUGGAGCGCAAGGUGGAUUCCCACUCCACCCGCCUGCUGGACCUGGAGGGUCGGACGGGGAUGGCGGAGAAGAAGCUGAUCGACUGUGAGAAGACGGCGGCGGAGCUGGGGAACCAGCUGGAGAGCAAGUGCGCGGCGCUGGGCACCCUCAUCCAGGAGUACGGGCUGCUCCAGCGGCGCCUGGAGAACAUGGAGAACCUCCUGAAGAACAGGAACUUCUGGAUCCUGCGGCUGCCCCCGGGCAGGAAGGGGGAAGUGCCCAAGGUGCCGGUGACCUUUGAUGACGUGUCCGUCUAUUUCAAUGACAAGGAAUGGGAGAAGCUGGAGGAGUGGCAGAAGGAGCUGUACAAGAAUGUGAUGAAGGGGAACUACGAGUCUCUGAUCUCCCUGGACUAUGCAAUUUCCAAACCUGGUGUUUUGUCUCAGAUCGAGCAAGGGGAGGAAUCGCGGGGCAGGAAUGAGCAGGACCUGGAGGAGAGUGAGAUCAUUACUGAUGCCACGGCAGCUGGAAUAAGAGUUGUGAUCAAAACGGAGGAGCUCCUUCCCGAAGACAGCCCUGAGAACCCCGAGCUGCACGGGAUGUCGGGGCAGUCCGAGGGCAGCUUCCAGAGCCCGGACGAGGAGGCGGCCUGCGAGAGCCCCUACGGCUCCGUGUCCCCACCCAGGGACCUCCCGGGGACCAGCCUGGGCGACUCGUCCGAGUACGGAGCCGACUUCAACGAGAUCCAGAGGGUCAUCGUUCACCACGGGAGCUGCACGGAGGAUGGGAUCGUGAUCAAGACGGAGGAGGAGGAGGAGGAGGAGGAGGACGACCCCGACACGCUGGAGCCGUGCGCCAUGUUCUCGGGCCGGAGCGAGGCGCCGGCGUUCGCCAGCCACGAGGCCGGGCUGGGCUGCGAGGCGCAGUGCAGCUCCAAGGGGCAGCCCCGCGGCCUGGCCGCCCGCGUCAGGAAGCCGUCGGCCUGCGAGAGGGACUCCGGGGACAUGAAGCCGGCCAGCGGCCAGCAGCGGAACCGGACGCGGGAGAGACCCUACAUCUGCCCCGAGUGCGGGAAGAGCUUCAUGCUCAAGAUCAACUUCAUGAUCCACCAGCGCAACCACCUCAAGGAAGGGCCCUACGAGUGCCACGAGUGCGACCUCAGCUUCCGCAACAAGCAGCAGUUCCUGCUGCACCAGCGCAGCCACACGCGCCGCGGCGUGGGGGUCCCGCGGCGCCCCGAGCACGGCCUCAAGCCCCCGGCGCGGCCCCCGCCCCCGGGGAAGCCCUACAAGUGCUCCGAGUGCGAGAGCAGCUUCAGCCACAAGUCGAGCCUCAGCAAACACCAGAUCACCCACGUCGGGGAGCGGCCCUUCACCUGCGGCGAGUGCCGGAGGAGCUUCCGCCUGCAGAUCAGCCUGCUCAUGCACCAGAGGAUCCACGCGGGCAAGAACGAGAUGGCCUUCCUGUGCCCCCAGUGCGGCAAGAACUUCACCCGGCCCUCCCACCUGCUGCGCCACCAGCGGACUCACACCGGCGAGCGGCCCUACCAGUGCAGCCAGUGCGAGAAGACCUUCAGCGAGAAGUCCAAGCUCACCAACCAUUACCGCAUCCACACGCGGGAGCGCCCGCACGCCUGCGCCGUCUGCGGGAAGGGCUUCAUCCGCAAGCACCACCUCCUGGAGCACCAGCGCAUCCACACGGGCGAGCGGCCCUACCACUGCACCGAGUGCGGCAAGAACUUCACGCAGAAGCAUCACCUCCUGGAGCACCAGCGGGCGCACACCGGCGAGCGGCCCUACCCCUGCACCGAGUGCACCAAGUGCUUCCGCUACAAGCAGUCGCUCAAGUACCACCUGAGGACGCACAUGGGAGAGUGAGGGGCUGCCGAGGCUUCCUCUCCCUCCCUCCUUCCCUCCUUCCAUCCCUCCCUCCCUCCCUUCCUCCUCGUCCUCCUUCU